CAACUUAAAUAAGAUUGAACUCAAUCCCGGUACACCUCUAAAGACAUGGGAAGUUGGUGUUUUUUAAUACUGUCAUUUAAGAUGACAUCAACGACGUACCAUUUCUCGUAUUAAAAACACUAAUUUUGGAGGAAGAAAGAUUAAAAUGCAAGUGGUGCCGUUAUGCCUUUGUUGCAUCUGAAACUAAACAAGUUGGAGUCUCAGUGAGUGAAACGCAGCCGGAGGCAGAAACAGUUUUUCUCUUCUUUUUCGCUUCGUUUUUUGGGUCAAGUUUGCUGAUAAGGUCAGUGUUACAUUGUCUACACAUAUUGUGCUAAUCUUCCAGAGUUUUGUAUUGGGCUUUAUCUUGGAAGCUUGAGAGAUUCCAAUCAGUAUACCUCACAAGAAAGAUGAGACAUACAACUUCUUUCCAAAAUAAAAGUUUCAGUUUUCACUCUUUGAAUGAUCCGCAUGGUCGUAACAAUCAAGGGAGUUGUGUUUUCGGCACUAGUUCUAAUCACAGCUCAAGGAAAAUAAUGUCUUCAUUGCACCAAAAUGAUUGUUUUUCUACAAAUAGAUGUUCGUAUUGGAAAGGAUUGCGGUGUAGAAGCUUGUAUGCCACCCUUUUAAAUGAUAGAGUUGAUUAUGAAGUUGACCAUGAAGAUUGGGGCUUUGAAAGUUAUGCAGGCAAAGGGGGUGAACAAAUGGAUUCGGUCAAGUCUAUCAAUUCUCCAACUUUGUCACCAGAUGGACCGUUUGUCAGAAACAAUGAGAUUACCAACAAUAAGAUUCUUCAAAAGCUCUGCAGUAAGGGAAAUUUAACAGCUGCUGCAAGAUUGAUCGAUAUUAUGGCACGUCAAAAUCAAAUACCACAUUUCCCUUCUUGCGCAAAUUUGAUUCGAGGUUUAAUCAGAAGUGGUCAGGUAGACAAAGCUUGCAAAAUCAUGAAUAUGACGGUAAUGUUUGGCGGUGUUCUUGAUAUAAUUACAUACAACAUGGUUAUUGGAAGCCUUUGUAAAAGAGGUCAAUUAGAAUCUGCUCUUGAAUUGCUUGAAGAUAUGAGCUUGAGUGGUUGCUUCCCAGAUGCAAUUACUUAUAAUUCAAUAAUUCGCUGCAUGUUUGAAAAAGGAGAUUCCAAUUUGGCUGUUACUUUUUGGAAGGAUCAGUUGAGAAAAGGAUUCCCUCCUUAUGUGUUUACAUAUACAGUGCUUAUUGAGCUUGUUUGCAGAUAUCACGGAGCUUCCCAAGCCCUUGAAGUAUUAGAAGAUAUGGUAAUGGAAGGUUGCUACCCCGAUAUUGGUACGUACAAUUUUCUUGUAAGUUUUACUUCUAAACGAGGGAAUUUCGAGGAUACUGCUUUGGUUAUAUCCAAUCUUCAAUCUCGUGGGGUGCAACCGAAUGUCGUGACAUACAAUACCCUUAUCCACUCUUUUAGUUGCCAUGGGCAUUCAAAUGCAGUCAAUGAUAUUUUGAAGAUUAUGAAUGAGACUUCCAUUUCACCUACACGUGUAACUUAUAAUAUUCUGCUGAAUAGUUUAUGUAAAUCUGGACUUCUGGAUCGAUCGAUAAGCUUAUACAUCACAAUGGUUUCUGAGAACUGCUCACCAGACAUUGUAACUUACAAUACUCUUAUGAAUGCUUUAUGUAAUGAAGGAUUUGUAGAUGAGAGUAUUCAAUUACUUUACCUCUUGGGUGGUUCUAACUGUUCUCCUGGACUGCUCACUUAUAACAUAGUAAUUGAUGGGUUGGCUAAAAUGAGAUCUAUAGAAUCAGCAAAAGUAAUGUAUGGAGAAAUGGUGAAAAAAGGAAUUGAUCCUGAUGAUAUCACCCACCGUACUUUGACAUGGGCUCUUUGCCGGGCAUAUCGGUUUGAGGAAGCGGUGGAGUUAUUGAAAGUGAUGUAUAAGAAAAGACAUAAGGUUAAAACUGCUGCUUAUAAAUGGGUUAUUAUAAGAUUAUGUAAGCAAAAGAAGCUUGAUAUUGCGAUUCAAGUUCUAGACUUGAUGGUAAAAUGUCAACGCAAGCCAGAUGAGAGAAUAUAUCAUGAUUUAAUUAAGGCUGCUACUAAUGGGGGUAUGGUAAAAGAGGCUAAUGGUUUGCAUCAGAGGUUGAUCAAAUUGAAGAUUCUAAAGAAGGAAAGCAUUUGAUUUAGUUGGAGUUCACACUUAGAUUGGCCAAAUUUAUAGUUCUUCUGGCCAUGUACAAAGUUUUACAUUCCCAUCAGGAAAGCUUACUCAUCUGAGUAUUGCAAUGGCCAACACAACAGCAUCAGCUAAUAUAAACUCGGAUUUUUUUAAGUUGUUGUAUUUGUUGCGCUUUUGUUGGUUUUGGUAGCUGCAAGUUCAUAGAUACAUUGACUUCUUAUACUACAAUAUUAUUUAUCAUCUAAAAGGAAAGGGUGUGAAGACAGUUACUGUGCCGUGUGGAUAUGAUUUGAGGAUUCGUAGUUUUUUUUUGGGCUAUUGAUUUAAAAUUGAUACUGACAACUUGUGAUU